AUGGCUUUCCGCGGGGGCAGCGGAGCGUGGGGAGCGGGUCUGGGCGCGGUGCUGCUGCUCGCCCUGUGCCGCCGCGCUGCGCCCGAGCCCGGCGCCGAGGGGGAGCCCGGCGGCGAGGCGGUGCCGGAGGGAGCCUCCACCCUGGCGUUCGUGUUUGAUGUGACCGGCUCCAUGUACGACGACCUGGUGCAGGUUAUCGAGGGGGCAUCCAAGAUCCUGGAAACGUCGCUAAAAAGACCCAAGAGACCGCUUUACAACUUCGCGUUGGUGCCUUUCCACGAUCCAGAAAUUGGUCCAGUGACGAUAACCACAGAUCCCAAGAAGUUUCAAUUUGAACUCAGGGAACUUUAUGUUCAGGGUGGUGGAGACUGUCCAGAGAUGAGCAUCGGGGCGAUAAAGAUCGCUCUAGAAAUUUCUCUUCCUGGUUCUUUCAUCUAUGUGUUUACUGAUGCACGAUCCAAAGAUUAUAGACUUACCCAUGAAGUACUUCAACUCAUUCAACAGAAACAAUCACAGGUAGUGUUUGUGCUGACUGGAGACUGUGAUGACAGGGAUCAUAUUGGUUACAAGGUCUAUGAAGAAAUUGCCUCAACGAGUUCUGGUCAAGUUUUUCACUUGGACAAAAAACAAGUUAAUGAGGUGUUAAAAUGGGUUGAAGAAGCAGUUCAAGCCUCCAAAGUGCAUCUAUUGUCUACAGACCACUUGACCAUGGCUGUAAAUACUUGGCAGAUCCCUUUUGAUCCAAGUCUGAAAGAAGUUACAGUGUCCUUGAGUGGUCCUUCACCAGCAAUUGAAAUUCAUGAUCCAUUAGGCAAGCAGAUCAGUAAAGGAUCAGGACUGAAUGAAUUGCUAAAUAUCCACAACUCUGCAAAGGUAGUAAAUGUCAAAGAUCCAGAGCCUGGAACGUGGACAAUUAAGACCUCGAGCAGUGGAAGGCACUCUGUUCGGAUCACAGGUCUCAGCACUAUUGACUUUCGAGCUGGGUUUUCUAGGAAGCCAACGUUAGACUUUAAAAAAACAUCCAGCAGACCAGUGCAAGGGAUUCCUACCUUCGUGCUGCUAAAUACCACGGGGAUCUUUCUUCCAGCUAGAGUAGAUCGACUGGAACUUCUGAGUAUUACAGGGGAACUUCUUAAGACCUUGCCUGUGAAAUACUAUCCUGACAGAAAGCCCUAUGGACUAUGGAAUAUUUCUGACUUCAUUCCACCAGAUGAAGCCUUUUUUGUUAAAAUAAUGGGCUACGACAAGGAUGAUUAUCUUUUUCAGAGAGUUUCAAGUGUUUCAUUUUCUAGUAUUACUCCUGCUGCUCCAAAAGUUACAAUGCCCAUGAAGACUCCAGGAUAUUAUUUACAGCCAGGGUCUGUUCCUUGCCACGUAGAAAGUCUUAUACCUUUUACUCAGCGUUUUACUAAAAAUGGAGUAAAACUAGGAGUGGAUCAGUUCUUCAGAGAAUCAUCUAGUAUGAGUUGGGAAAUUGCCAAGGUCUCCUUGCCCGAUGAAGGCUUUUACGAGUGUAUGGCAACUAGCAGUGCAGGAACCGGACGUGCGCAGACAUUUCUGGAUGUAUCAGAGCCUCCACCCAUGAUUCAGGUUCCUAAUAAUGUCACGGCUGUGCCAGGUGAAGGAGCCAUCUUGACCUGCCUAACUUUAAGCACAGUGCGUUACAAUCUCACCUGGCAGAGAAAUGGCAGGGAUGUGAGGCUUAAGGAGCCCCUGCGAAUAAGGAUGAUGAGCAACCUGUCUUUAGAGGUGAAGACUGUAAAGCUUACGGAUGCUGGCAAGUACAACUGCAUCGCUUCUAAUGAGGGUGGAUCUACCACCGCAUCAGUCUUCCUUACGGUGCAAGAACCACCUAGGGUUGUCAUUUCACCUAAGAAUCAGACUUUUACAGCAGGCUCUGAAGUGUCUAUCAGGUGUUCUUCAACAGGUUAUCCAAAGCCGACAGUAGUAUGGACACACAACGAUAUGUUUAUUAUUGGUUCAAGCAGGUAUAGAUUGACCCCAGAAGGCACCUUAAUCAUAAGAAAGGCAACUCCAAAAGAUGCAGGAAUUUAUGGUUGCUUGGCAAGUAACUCAGCUGGGACAGAGAAACAAACAUCCACCCUUACAUACAUCGAGGGCCCAACAUUGACCAUAGUUCAAAGUGAAAUUCUGAUUGCUCUUGGAGACACAACUGUUAUGGAGUGUAAAACAACUGGAAUCCCACCCCCCCAAGUUAAAUGGUUUAAAGGUGACUUAGAGUUGAGGGCAUCAGCAUUUCUCAUUAUUGAUACUCAUCGGGGUCUUUUGAAGAUCCAGGAAACACAAGAUCUGGAUGCUGGUGACUAUACCUGUGUGGCUACCAAUGAUGCAGGCAGAGCUUCUGGAAAGAUAACUCUAGACGUUGGCUCUCCCCCAGUUUUCACGCAGGAACCCAGUGAUGAAUCUGCGGAUAUUGGCUCAAACAUCACGCUGCCAUGCUACGUUCAGGGUUACCCAGAACCAAAGGUUAAAUGGAGGCGGCUAAAUGGUGCUUCCCUUUUCUCAAGACCAUUCGCAGUUAGUUCUAUCACUCAACUCAGAACAGGAGCUCUAUCUAUUAAUAAUUUGUGGGUCAGUGAUGAAGGAACUUACAUCUGUGAAGCUGAGAACCAGUUUGGAAGGAUUCAGUCACAGCCAGCCACGAUCACAGUAACUGGACUGGUUACACCUCUGAUUGGAGUAAGUCCAGCCACAGCCAAUGUAAUUGAGGGGCAGCAGCUCACUUUGCCGUGUGUACUGCUUGCUGGAAACCCCGUUCCAGACCGGAGGUGGAUUAAAAACAGUAUGGUGCUGGUUCCCAAUCCCUACAUUAAUGUUCGCAGUGAUGGAAGCCUGCACCUUGAAAGAGUUCGGCUGCAGGAUGGCGGUGAUUAUACCUGCAUGGCAAGUAAUGUUGCUGGGACGAGCAACAAAACUACUACUGUUAAUGUGUAUGUUCUGCCUGUUAUUCAGCAUGGACAGCAGAUAUUCAGCACCAUUGAAGGAAUCCCAGUAACAUUACCAUGCAAAGCAAGUGGAGUUCCUAAGCCAUCUAUUGUCUGGUCCAAGAAAGGAGAAGUAAUUCUUUCCAGCAAUGUGAAAUUUUCUGCAGGGUCUGAUGGAAGUCUGUAUGUAGUUUCACCAGGGGGUGAAGAGACUGGGGAAUAUGUGUGCACUGCAACAAAUGCUGCUGGUUAUGCUACACGGAAAGUCCAGCUGACUGUCUAUGUGAAACCUAGAGUAUCCAGGCCUGGAGACCAGCAAGGAAAUGCAUAUGAUAAACCCAUAGAGAUCUCAGUAAUUGCAGGGGAAGAUGUCACACUUCCAUGUGAAGUCAAGAGCUUGCCACCCCCCAUAAUUACCUGGGCCAAAGAAACGCAGCUCAUAUCUCCAUUCUCUCCAAGGCACACUUUCCUACCCUCAGGGUCAAUGAAGAUCAGUGAGACACAAGUUUCAGACAGUGGAAUGUAUAUCUGUGUAGCCACAAAUAUUGCUGGGAAUGUGACUCAGUCAGUGAAGCUGAGUGUACAUGUUCCUCCAAAGAUACAGCGUGGGCCUCGAGUUUUGAAAGUCCAAGCUGGCCACAGAGUUGACAUACCCUGCAGUGCCCAGGGGAGCCCUCCCCCAACAAUCACUUGGUUCAAAGGCAGAAGUGCUGUGCCGAUAGAUGGUGGGCAGUUUAUCCGCAGCCUGGAUGGAGCUCUAGGCAUCAGCAACGUCCAGCUUCCUGAUGCUGGGAUCUACAAGUGUGUCGCUAGUAAUGUAGCGGGCAACGACGCAUCAGAGAUAACAGUGCAAGUUCAAGAGUCUCCUACUAUUGAGGAUCUAGAUCCUCCAUACAACAGUCCCUUUCAAGAAAGAGUGGCAAAUCAACGCAUUGCAUUCCCGUGCCCAGCAAAAGGUAUUCCAAAGCCUGUUAUCAAAUGGCUACGUAAUGGAAGAGAGCUGACAGGCAGUGAACCAGGGAUUUCAAUUCUGGAGGACGGGAUGCUGCUGAUCAUAGCUUCUGUUACACCGUCUGAUAAUGGAGAGUAUAUCUGUGUGGCAACCAAUGAAGCUGGAAGCACAGAAAGAAAAUACAACCUAAAAGUUAAUGUUCCUCCUGAAAUAAGAGAUCAAGAAAAGGUGACAAAUACAUCUGUAGUUGUUCAUCACCCUGUAAGUCUCUUCUGUGAAGUAUCUGGUAACCCCUUCCCAAUCAUCUCCUGGUAUAAAGAAGAUAUCCAGGUUGUGGAAAGCAGCACUCUCCAGAUUUUGCACAAUGGGAAGAUACUGAAGCUCCUUAAAGCUGCUACUGAUGAUGCUGGACAAUAUUCAUGCAAAGCCAUAAAUGGCGGAAGUUCUGAGAAGCUGUUUAACCUAGAUAUACUAGUUCCACCAAGUAUAAUAGGUGCUGAUACCCCCGGUGAAAUUGCAGUCAUCCUCAACCAGGAAAUCAGUCUGGAAUGUAGAGCCAAAGGCUUCCCUUUUCCUGACAUACACUGGUUCAAAGAUGGCAAGCCCUUGUUUUUGGGUGAUCCCAAUGUUGAGCUUCUGGACAAAGAUCAAGUUCUACACAUAAAGAAUGCUCGAAGGAUUGACAAAGGUCGUUAUCAGUGCAGCGCCACCAACACUGCUGGCAAACAAGUCAAGGAGGUCAAGCUGAUCAUCCAUGUCCCUCCUAGUAUUAAAGGAGGAAAUAUUACCACAGAGGUAUCAGCGCUUCUUAACAAUCUUAUAAAUUUGGAAUGCGAAACCAAGGGAAUCCCUGUUCCUACCAUUACCUGGUACAAAGAUGGACGCCCGAUUAUUUCCAGCCCCCAAGCUCUGUAUGUGGAUAGAGGGCAAUUCCUGCAGAUACCUCGGGCCCAAGUAUCAGAUUCGGCAAAGUACACUUGCCGUGUGACCAAUGCUGCUGGAGCUGCUGAGAAAAUAUAUGACAUGGAUGUCUACGUUCCUCCAGUAAUUGAGGGUGAUGCUGACACAGCCAAGAACAGGCAAGUGGUUGCUGGCAAUUCACUGACAUUGGAGUGUAAAGCUGCUGGCAACCCUCCGCCUCUCCUUACCUGGUUAAAAGAUGGUGUGCCUGUGAAAGCAAGCGACAACCUCCGCGUUGUAUCUGGUGGGAAGAAGCUGGAGAUUCUGAACGCCGUUGAGGCUGACCGGGGCCAGUAUUUGUGUGUGGCCACAAGCAUAGCUGGAGAACAAGAAAUCAAAUAUGAAGUUGAAAUCUUAGUCCCGCCAUUUGUGGAGGGUGGGGAUGAGCUCUUGGACUGCAUUGUGAUUCUCCAUAGCCCUUUGGAGUUGGAUUGUUCAGCAACAGGGACACCCUCACCAACUAUCACGUGGUUGAAAGACGGCCAACCAGUUGAAGAGGGAGCUGGACGUAAGAUCUUACUCAGUGGACAAAAACUUCUCAUCUCUCGAGCUCAAGUGUCAGACACUGGCCGGUAUAAAUGUGUGGCUGCAAAUAAGGCAGGAGAACAUGAAAGGGAAUUUGAUGUUAUUGUGCAUGUUCCUCCAACCAUCAAAUCAGCUGGGACUUCUGAGAGAGCUGUUGUGAUAUACAAGCCUGUGACGCUGCAGUGCAUAGCCAAUGGCAUUCCCAGCCCUUCCAUAACUUGGUUAAAAGAUGGUCAACCAGUAAACACAGCCAGAGGAAACAUAAGACUGGAGUCUUCAGGCCGUAUUCUGCAAGUUGUCAAGGCCCUGCUGGAAGAUGCUGGCCGAUACACUUGUGUGGCAACAAAUGCUGCAGGAGAAGCCCAACAGCACGUUCGGCUUCAUGUGCAUGAACCACCCAGUCUGGAAGAUGCAGGGAAAAUGUUAAAUGAAACAGUGGUGGUGAAUAAUCCAAUCCAUCUUGAAUGCAGAGCAUCUGGGAACCCUCUGCCAGCUAUCACGUGGUACAAAGACAAUCGUCCACUUACCGGUGCUGCAAGCGCCACUUUUCUGAACAGAGGGCAGGUUCUGCAGAUUGAGGGUGCUCAGAUCUCUGACGCUGGCAUUUACAAGUGUGUGGCUGUCAACGCAGCGGGCACAGCUGAGUUGUUUUACAGUCUUCAGGUUCAUGUCCCACCAUCAAUCUCUGGCAGCAGUGACAUGGUGACAGUGGUGGUUAAUAAUCUAGUGCGACUGGAGUGCGAAGCAAGGGGCAUCCCUGCGCCUAUUCUAACAUGGCUAAAAGACGGUAGCCCUGUUUCCAGCUUUAGCGACGGACUCCAGGUUCUGUCUGGGGGCCGAGUCUUGGCAUUGACUAGCGCUCAGAUCAGUGACACAGGAAAAUACACUUGUGUUGCAGUCAAUGCUGCGGGCGAGAGCCAGAGAGAUAUUGAUCUCAGAGUUUAUGUUCCACCAAACAUCAUGGGAGAGGAACAAAACGUCUCAGUGCUCAUCGGUCAAGCAGUGGAGCUGCUCUGCCAGAGCAAUGCUAUUCCCCUGCCCGUGCUGACGUGGCUCAAAGAUGGACGACCCUUGCUGAAGAAGCCAGGUCUUAGCAUUUCUGAAGACGGAAGUGUACUAAAGAUUGAAGGAGCUCAAGUGCAGGACACUGGCCGUUACACUUGUGAAGCGACAAAUGUUGCUGGGAAAACUGAAAAGAACUAUAAUGUCAAUAUUUGGGUGUCACCAAGUAUUUAUGGCUCAGAUGACACCUCUCAAGUGACAGUAACUGAAGGGAGCUUGAUAAGCCUGAUCUGUGAGUCUAGUGGCAUCCCACCACCCAGUCUUACCUGGAAAAAGAAUGGCUCUCCACUGGUGGCUGACCUUUCGGGAAGGGUGCGGAUAUUAUCUGGAGGCAGACAACUACAGAUUUCAAUUGCUGAAAAGUCUGAUGCUGCGUCUUACACUUGUAUUGCUUCAAAUGUAGCUGGAAGUGCAAAGAAAGAAUACAGUUUGCAAGUAUACAUUCGACCAACUAUAUUAAAUAGUGGUAGCCACCCAUCAGAAGUUGUCAUCACCCAAGGAAAUGAAAUCUCCUUGGAGUGCAAGGUAGAGGGCAUUCCAGAACCAGCAAUAACAUGGAUGAAGGAUGGCCGUCCGCUGGCCAGUGGAAGGGACAUAGCGAUACUUCAUGAUGGUCGCUUUCUUCAACUGAAAAAUGCUCAGGUGUCAGACACUGGCCGCUACGUCUGUGUUGCUGCCAAUGUGGCAGGGCUGUCUGACAGAAAAUACGAUUUAAAUGUUCAUGUUCCCCCAAGUAUUGCCAGUUACCUGCAGAUGCCUGAAAACAUCAGUAUUGUGGAGAAGAAUCCCAUCUCUCUGGUUUGUGAAGCUUCAGGAAUUCCCUUGCCAUCAAUAACAUGGCUCAAGAACGGAUGGCCUCUCACUUUGAACAACUCGGUGCGAAUCCUCUCAGGGGGCCGAACGCUCCGUUUGACACACACGAGUGUAGCAGAUGAAGGUCAGUACACUUGUGUAGUGAGCAAUGCUGCAGGAGAGGUGAGGAAGGAUUUUGACCUUUCUGUUCUAGUGCCUCCAGGGAUUGUGGGUGAAAAUAAGUUGGAAGAUGUGAAAGUGAAAGAGAAGCACAGAGUUACCCUAACAUGUGAAGUGAUAGGGAACCCUGUACCACAGAUCACCUGGAUAAAGGACGGGCUAUCUCUAACUGAGGAUGAAGAUCACAAGUUUCUGUCCAGUGGGCGUUUCCUGCAAAUCACCAAUGCUCAAGUCACUGACGGGAGAUACACAUGUAUUGCAUCCAAUACAGCUGGAGAUAAGAGCAAAAGUUACAGUCUUAAUGUACUUGUGUCUCCAACGAUUGUGGGUGCAGACAGCCAUGGAAAUGCAGAAGAUGUCACUGUUAUCCUCAACAGCCCAACAUCGCUGGUUUGUGAGGCUUACUCAUAUCCUCCAGCUACAAUCACGUGGCUGAAAGAUGGUAAUCCUUUAGAAUCAAACAGAAACAUCCGCAUUUUGCCAGGUGGUCGAACCCUGCAGAUUCUAAAUGCACAGGAGGACAACGCUGGAAGAUAUACCUGUAUAGCCACAAAUGAGGCUGGAGAAACUUUGAAACACUAUGAAGUGAAAGUCUACAUUCCACCCACCAUUAACAAAGGAGAUAUCUCAGGGAUGGGUCUCUCCCCUAAAGAAGUGAAGAUCAAAGUAAACCACAGCCUUACCCUGGAGUGUGAAGCUCACGCCAUUCCUGCUCCUACCAUCAGCUGGUACAAGGAUGGACAGCCACUUAAACCAGAUGAUCAUGUCAUUAUCCAAGCUAAUGGCCGUACUCUGCAGAUUAAGGAGGCUCAAGUAUCAGACACCGGUCGUUACACUUGUCUGGCAUCCAACAUUGCUGGAGAGGAUGAAGUGGAAUUUGAUGUAAAUAUCCAAGUUCCUCCUAGUUUCCAAAAGCCUUAUAAGGAAUGGGAAGCUGGUAACACAGUAGAUACAGGAAGAGGUGGAGAAAGUAAAGAUGUGAUUGUCAACAAUCCCCUUUCACUGUACUGUGAGACCAACGCUGUUCCUCCUCCAGUUCUUACAUGGUAUAAAGAUGGCUAUCCUCUGAGCUCCAGUGAUAAAGUACUAAUAUUACCAGGAGGUCGAGUGUUGCAGAUUCCACGGGCACAGGCUGAAGAUGCCGGGAAAUACAUGUGUGUGGCAGUAAACGAAGCUGGAGAUUCCAUUCAUUACGAUGUCCGCGUGCUCUUACCGCCGUCCAUCAGUGGAGCUGAUGGUGAUCUGCCUGAAGAAGUGACUGUGCUUGUGAACAAGGUUGCAGUGAUGGACUGUGUUGCAAGUGGCAGCCCUUCUCCAAGUAUCACCUGGCAAAAGGAUGGCCACCUCCUAGCAGAAGAUGACAAACACACAUUUUUGUCCAAUGGAAGGAGGUUACAGAUUUUGAAUUCCCGAAUAACAGAUACUGGCAGGUACGUCUGCAUUGUGGAAAACAUAGCUGGAAGCGCCAAGAAGUAUUUUAACCUAAACGUUCAUGUUCCUCCAAGUGUUGUUGGUAGUAAUCCUGAGAAUUUGACUGUGGUGGUGAAUAAUUUCAUCUCUCUGACUUGUGAGGUCACUGGCUUUCCACCUCCUGAUCUCAGCUGGCUCAAGAAUGGCAAACCUAUCAGUUCGAAUACCAACACUUUUAUUGUGCCUGGUGCUCGGACUCUGCAGAUUCCCCGAGCCAAACUACCAGAUGAUGGUGAAUAUACUUGUAUUGCCAGAAACCAAGCUGGGGAAAGCCAGAAGAAGAGUUUCCUAACUGUCCUUGUGCCCCCAAGCAUCAAAGACCAUAGUGGAACCUCAGUGACGGUGCUGAACGUAAGAGUGGGCACCCUGGUGAUGUUAGAGUGUGAAUCCAAUGCUAUCCCACCACCAGUCAUCACCUGGUACAAGAACAGGCGCAUAAUUUCGGAGUCUGCAAAUGUGGAGAUCUUAGCAGAUGGGCAAACGUUACGAAUCAAGGGCGCAGAGGUUUCUGACACGGGCCAAUAUGUGUGCAAAGCCAUAAAUAUUGCAGGGCGAGAUGAUAAAAAUUUCCAUCUUAAUGUUUAUGUGCCACCAAAUAUAGAAGGCCCUGAACAAGAGUCGGUCAAUGAAACUAUCAGUAAUCCUGUUACCUUUGUGUGUGAUGCUACUGGAAUUCCUCCACCAACAUUAGUGUGGCUUAAGAAUGGCAAACCAAUAGAAAACUCUGAUUCUCUUGAAGUUCAUAUUUUAUCUGGUGGAAGCAAGCUUCAGAUUGCUCGCUCUCAGCUUCUAGACAGUGGGACCUACACGUGUAUUGCCUCAAAUAUAGAGGGAAAAGCUCAGAAAAGUUAUGUGCUUUCUAUCCAAGUUCCUCCUAAUAUCGUUGGCUCUGAAAUGCCUAGUGAGGUCAGCGUCCUCCUGGGAGAAAACAUCCAGCUUGUCUGCAAUGCCAAUGGAGUGCCUACGCCUGUUAUGCAAUGGCUUAAAGAUGGAAAAACAGUUGCCAGUGACGAUUUACAAAGAAUAAGAGUAACUCCAGAUGGCAGCACAUUAAACAUUUUCAGAGCUCUCACUUCUGAUACAGGAAAAUACACUUGUGUGGCUACUAAUCCUGCAGGAGAGGAAGACCGAAUUUUCAACUUGAAUGUAUAUGUUCCUCCAACAAUAGCCAAUAAUAAAGAUGAACCAGAAGACCUCACUGCCCUUUUGGACACCUCCCUAAAUAUUGAAUGUACUGCUACUGGAACCCCACCACCACAGAUAAACUGGCUAAAGAAUGGCCUUCCUCUGUCUGUCUCCUCCCAAAUCAGGUUGCUGUCAGCUGGGCAAAUUCUCAGACUUGCCCGAGUCCAGAUAUCUGAUACUGGUGUGUACACUUGUGUAGCAUCUAACAGGGCUGGAGUGGACAACAAACAUUACAACCUUCAAGUUUUUGUACCACCAAGCUUGGAUAACGCAGGAGGAACAGAGGAUGUGACUGUAGUAAAAGGCAGUUCAGCGUCGAUGAAGUGUCUUACUGAUGGCACUCCUGCCCCCACUAUGUCCUGGUUUAAAAAUGGACAUCCUUUAAGCCUCGGAGCUCACCUGACGUCAAGUAACCAAGGAAUGGUCCUUCAUUUUGUACAAGCAGAGAUUGGUGACACAGGCAAAUACACUUGUGUAGCAUUCAAUGAAGCUGGAGAUACCAGCAAGCACUUUUCCCUAAAAGUGCUGGAGCCGCCUCACAUCAAUGGUUCAGAUGAACCAGAAGAGCUCUCUGUCGUCGUUAACAACCCUCUUGAACUUCUCUGCAUCUCUUCUGGCAUUCCGGUCCCCAAAAUCUCGUGGAUGAAGGAUGGGCGCCCGCUUCUGCAGAAUGAUAAUGUUCAUGUCCUAAGAGAAGUCCUUCGAAUAACCAGUGCUCAGGUGGAGGACACAGGAAGAUACACGUGUUUGGCAUCUAGCCCAGCAGGAGAUGAUGAUAAGGAAUAUUUAGUAAGAGUGCAUGUUCCUCCUAACAUUGCUGGUACCAGUGGUCCACAGGACCUCACCGUGUUGCAGAACAGACAAGUUAUACUGGAAUGCAAGUCAGAUGCUGUGCCACCUCCGACAAUCUCAUGGCUUAAAAAUGGAGAACUUUUAGAGGGAACUCCUCGAGUUCGAAUCCUAUCCAGUGGGCGAUACCUGCAGAUCAAUAAUGCUGACCUCAGCGAUACAGCAAGCUAUACAUGUGUGGCAAGUAAUAUCGCAGGAAAAAUGACCAGGGAGUUCGUGCUGACAGUACAUGUGGCUCCUACAAUCCGAAGCAGUCCUCAGACUGCUGUUGUGCAUGUAAAUGCUUCUGCUGUUCUGGAGUGUGUUGCAGAAGGAGUACCAACCCCGAGAAUUACAUGGAGGAAGGAUGGGGCUAUUUUUACUGGAAACAAUACGAGAUAUUCCAUGUUAGAGGAUGGAUCUCUACACAUCCACUCAGCACAUGUUACUGACACAGGAAGAUACGUGUGCAUGGCAACCAAUACAGCUGGCACUGAACGCAAACGAAUUGAUCUGCAGGUUCUUGUUCCUCCAGCUAUUGCUCCUGGACAUACGAAUAUUACAGUUACUGUAAAUGUGCAGACCACUUUGCCUUGUGAAACCACUGGAAUUCCCAGACCAGCAAUUAGCUGGAAAAAGAAUGGGCAUCUGCUUAGUGUUGACCAGAACCAGAAUACAUACAGACUUCUAUCUUCAGGUUCCUUAGUAAUCAUUUCUCCCACUGUGGAUGACACUGCUGUCUAUGAGUGCUCUGUGUCAAAUGAUGCAGGAGAAGAUCAAAGAGCAGUUGAGCUCACUGUUCAAGUGCCCCCAUCCAUAGCAGAUGAAGCCACAGACCUUUUGGUAACAAAGCUGUCUCCAGUAGUAAUUGCCUGCACUGCGUCAGGGGUUCCUGUCCCCUCAGUUCAUUGGACCAAAAAUGGCAUAAAGUUGCUUCCCAGAGGAGAUGGCUACAGAAUUCUCUCUUCAGGUGCUGUCGAAAUACCUGCCGCUCAGUUAGCACACGCGGGACGGUACACCUGUGUGGCCCGGAACGCCGCUGGCUCCGCUCACAGACACGCCACUCUUCGUGUUCAGGAACCGCCAGUCAUCCGAACUCAGCCAGGGGCGCUGGACGUCAUUGUGAACAAUCCCAUUCUGCUACCAUGUGAAGCGACGGGUACACCCCGACCCAUAAUAACAUGGCAAAAGGAGGGCAUCAAUAUAAUCACAACAGGCAACAGCUAUAUGGUUCUUCCCAGUGGCGGUUUACAGAUUGCAAAAUCAACUGUUGAAGAUGCUGGCACUUACAUGUGUGUUGCUCAAAAUCCAGCUGGCACUGCUCUGGGGAAGAUCAAACUGAAAGUUCAAGUUCCUCCUGUUAUCAAGUCCCACCUCGAGGAAUAUGUUGUUCCUGUUGAUCAAUCUGUCACUCUGCAAUGUGAGGCUGAAGGCUACCCUGGGCCAGAGAUCAGCUGGCAUAAAGACGGACAGCAAAUAACGGAGUCCAUUAGAAGAAGAAUUCUUAGCACUGGUGCUCUGCAGCUUGUGUUUGUACAGCCUGGUGACGCUGGCCAUUACACGUGCAUAGCGGCAAACCUGGCAGGGUCCAGCACUUCUAGCAUGGAGCUCGCUGUGCACAUUCCACCCAAGAUUCGCAGUACGGAUGCGCAGUACACGGUCACGGAGGACUCCCAGGCUGUUCUGUCCUGCGUGGCUGAGGGGAUUCCAACACCAACAAUAAACUGGAAGAAGGACAAUACACUGUUAACAGAGGUAGUAGGAAAAUACCGGGCUGUGCCAGAUGGAGACCUCAUUUUGGACAAUGUUGUUCCUGAAGAUUCUGGCAGUUACACCUGUAUUGCUAACAAUGCUGCUGGAGAAGACACACACACUGUCACCCUGAUAGUUCAUGUACUUCCAGCUUUUACUGAACUGCCUGGAGAUAUAGCUUUGACUAAAGGAGAACAGCUCAGAUUAACUUGCAAAGCAACCGGGAUACCUGUACCCAAAAUAACAUGGACCUUUAACAAUAACAUCAUUCCAGCACAAUAUGAUGAUGUAAAUGGACACAGUGAACUUGUUAUCGAAAGAGUAUCUAAAGAUGACUCUGGUACCUAUGUAUGCACAGCAGAAAACACAGUGGGCUCAAUCAAAGCCAUUGGUUUUGUGUAUGUCAAAGAACCUCCAGUCUUCAAAGGGGAUUACCACUCUAGCCGAAUUGAGCCCUUGGGUGGCAACGCUAUGUUGAAUUGUGAAGUCAGGGGAGAUCCACCUCCAACCAUCCAGUGGAGCAAAAAAGGAGUUGGCGUCCCUAUUAGCAACAGGAUCCGACAGCUUAACAAUGGUUCUCUUGCUAUCUACGGCACUGUGAAUGAAGAUGCUGGUGACUACAAGUGCGUGGCUACCAAUGAUGCUGGUGUGGUGGAACGCAGCCUGACGCUGACGCUUCAGAGUCCUCCAGUCAUCACUGUUGAACCUGUAGAGACAGUUAUUGAAGCUGGUGCCACAGCCAUGCUGAACUGCCAGGCAACUGGAGAGCCUCCUCCAACCAUCAAAUGGUCCCGCCAAGGUCAUCCAGUUGUGAGCGAUGAGAGAGUGACUGUCCUGUCUAAUGGCUCCCUGUGUAUUGUUGCAGCACAGAAGGAAGAUACCUCUGAAUAUGAGUGUGUGGCGAGGAAUCUCAUGGGAUCUGUUCUUGUUAGAGUACCACUGACUGUCCAGGUGCAUGGUGGAUUUUCUGAUUGGCUUGAAUGGCGAGCUUGCAGCGUAACUUGUGGUCAAGGUGUUCAGGAGCGAGUCCGUCAGUGCAACAACCCUCUUCCAGCAAAUGGUGGGAGGAGAUGUGAGGGGCCCGAUACAGACGUACGCAGCUGCCACAACAAGCCGUGUCCAGUGGAUGGCAACUGGUCAGAGUGGGGGCUAUGGGAAGAGUGUUCAAAGAGCUGUGGACAAGGCAACAGGACCAGAACCAGAACCUGCAGUAACCCACCAACUCAGCACGGCGGGAAGCCCUGUGAUGGCAGUCCUGUGGAUUCAGUCAUGUGUAACAUUAGGCCUUGCCCAGUUGACGGUGAGUGGAGUUCUUGGCUGCCAUGGGGUCCUUGCAGCGAGACUUGCGGGAAAGGUACUCAGACACGACUGAGGCUCUGCAAUAACCCUCCUCCUGCACACGACGGAUCAUACUGUGAGGGCUCUGAUGCACAGAUGCAGGUUUGCAACAAGAGACGCUGCCCAGUGGAUGGGAAGUGGGCCAUGUGGAGCAGCUGGAGUGCCUGCACUGUGUCCUGUGGAGGAGGCAGCAGGCAGAGAACGCGCCACUGCUCAGACCCAGCCCCGCAGUUUGGGGGUCACAAAUGCGAAGGAAACGACAUACAAAUUGAUUUUUGCAACAGUGAUCCUUGUCCGAUUCAUGGCAACUGGGGCCCAUGGAGUAGUUGGGGAACUUGUAGUCGAACAUGCAAUGGAGGCCAGAUGAGGCGAUACCGGACCUGUGACAAUCCUCACCCUGCCAGCGGUGGAAGGGCAUGUGCAGGGGCUGACAUGCAGAUCCAGAGAUGCAGCACUGAACUGUGCCCCGUGGAUGGAAACUGGGGGCAGUGGCAAACAUGGAGCCCAUGCUCUGCUUCUUGUGGAGGAGGAGAGCAGACCCGAAUACGCCUGUGCAGCAAUCCGGCCCCGUUAAAUCGCGGGCGUCCUUGUCCUGGAGACUCCUCCCAGAUAUCCAGGUGUAAUACCCAAGCGUGUCCUGGUGGGCCUUCCCGUGCCAAAGGCAGCAUCAUCGGAAACAUUAAUGAUAUUGAAUUUGGAGUUGCUUUCCUGAACGCCACAGUAACACACAGCCCUGACGCUGAAACUAGAGUAAUACAAGCAAAGGUUACAAACGUCCCUCGGAGCCUUGGUCCAGCGAUGAGAAAGCUUGUUUCUAUACUCAGCCCAGUUUACUGGACAACUGCAAAAGAAAUUGGAGAAGCAAUGAAUGGGUUUACGCUCACUGAUGCGGUCUUCAAGAGAGAAACUCAAGUGGAGUUUGCAACUGGCGAGAUUCUGCGAAUGACUCAUAUUGCCCGGGGCUUGGAUUCAGACGGAGCCUUGCUGCUGGAUGUUGUUGUGAGUGGCCACGUGCUGCAGCUCCAGUCAGUAGCUGAUGUUAACGUGAAGGAUUACACAGAAGACUAUAUUCAAACUGGCCCUGGGCAACUGUAUGCCCAUUCUACUCGUCUCUUCACUAUAGAUGGAGUUAGUGUUCCCUAUACAUGGAACCACACUGUCACCUAUGAUUCCACUAAAGGGAAGAUGCCUUUCUUGGUGGAAACGCUCCAUGCUUCCUCUAUUACAACAGAGUACAACCCACUGGAAGAAACUGUGGCUUUUAAAAUCCACGCUUCCAUCGCAAAAGGAGACCGUAGCAAUCAGUGCCCUGCUGGGUUUGGUUUGGACUCAACUGGGCCUUACUGUUCAGACGAAGAUGAAUGUGCUGGACGAAAUCCUUGCUCCCAUACCUGUCAUAACACCAUGGGAUCUUACUACUGUUCCUGUCCGAAAGGCCUCACUAUCUCUGCGGAUGGCAGAACGUGUCAGGAUAUUGAUGAGUGUGCGUUAGGUGGACACACCUGCCAUGCUGGCCAGGACUGUGAAAACAUCAUUGGCUCGUACCGCUGCGUGGUUAGAUGUGGGAACGGCUUUAGGAGGACAGCUGAUGGAUUUAGCUGCCAAGAUGUUAAUGAGUGUCAAGAGUCCAACUCCUGUCAUCAGCGCUGCUUCAAUACUGUAGGAAGCUUCCACUGUGGUUGUGAUCGAUACCAGCUAAAGGGCAGAAAAUGCAUGGAUGUAAAUGAGUGCAGGCAGAACGUAUGCAGGCCUGAUCAACUCUGCAAAAACACCCGUGGUGGCUAUAAGUGCAUUGAUCUGUGUCCCAAUGGAAUGACCAAAGCAGAAAAUGGAACUUGUAUUGACAUUGAUGAAUGCCGGGAUGGAACCCACCAGUGCCGCUAUAACCAGAUCUGUGAGAACACACGAGGAAGUUACCGUUGUGUGUGUCCACGAGGCUAUCGGUCCCAGGGAGUUGGAAGACCUUGUGUGGACAUUAAUGAAUGUGAACAAGUGCCUAAACCCUGUGCAUUUCAAUGCACCAACACCCCCGGCAGCUUCAAGUGUAUCUGUCCACCUGGACAACAUUUAUUAGGUGAUGGGAAAUCUUGCGCUGGAUUGGAGAGAUUGCCAAAUUAUGGUGCCUAUUACAAUAGCUAUAACUAUGCUCAAUUCUCCCCUGUGAGAGACAACUAUCAACCUCAACAAUAUUACAGGCACUCCUCAAAUCUCUACAGCUCCUUCUCAGAGUAUAGGAACAGCAGAAUACCUUUCUCCAGGACUAGAAGGAACAUUAGAGAAACUUGUCCUGAAGGCUAUGAGGCAGAUGACAGAUGUGUAGACAUCGAUGAAUGUGAAACCAGAGAUACCUGUCAGCAUGAAUGCAGAAACACCCUGGGAAGUUAUCAGUGCACUUGUCCAUCUGGUUAUCGCCUUAUGCCCAAUGGCAAAACCUGUCAAGAUAUUGAUGAGUGCCUCGAACAGAACAUUAAUUGUGGAUCAAAUCAGAUGUGUUUCAACAUGAGAGGAAGCUACCAGUGCAUAGACACGCCUUGUCCACCUAACUAUCAGCGAGAGCCUCUUUCUGGGUUCUGUCUCAAAAACUGCCCAGCCAACGACUUGGAGUGUGAUCUGAGUACCUACGCCUUGGAAUACAAACUCCUCUCCCUCCCCUUCGGCAUAGCUGCCGGUCAGGAUUUAAUCCGGCUGGUUGCCUAUACUCACGAUCAAGUCAUGCACCCAAGGACAACUUUCUUAAUGGCAGACGAGGACCCAGCAAUCCCAUUUGCCCUGAGAGAUGAGAACUUGAAAGGAGUCGUGUUCACCACCCGACCGCUGCGAGAGCCCAAGACUUACCGCAUGGGAGUCAGAGCCUUGUCCUACAGCGUCGAUGGAAAUAUUGAGUAUCGGACAACCUUCAUUGUUUAUAUAGCUGUGUCAGCCUAUCCCUAUUAAACAUCAAAACUACUUGACAGUAAUCGCAGUAUUUUAACCACAUUCGUAAAUGCCGGUGGGUAUCACCACUUCCAGACUGACUCUGCUGCCUGCCAAACAGUUGUGAACCACGUCACUUGAAAGCGGUGCUAUGCUCUUUUCUUUUUCCCCUCCUUCCCCGAGGCUGCUCGUUCAGUCCCAUUAUUCCAAUUCAAGAGGAAAACCAAUGGCUGUGAGGACCUGUUACCACUUGCUUUAUUUAUUACACUGGAGUAGUCAUUUCCCACAGUUCGUUCUGAAAACCAGCAGAAAAAUGAAAGUAUGAGCUGAAGUACGUGGUCAAAGCAGUAAGCAAGGAGCAGCCUCUGUUGAAAGCAACUAAAGAAAAGCCUAACCAGAAGAAAAAAAAAAAAAAAGUAAUUUCAAGUGGUCUACAUAUUUUAAAGGUUGCUAAGUGUUUUACAAUUGUAUAUCUAUUAGAUUUUUUUUCUUAUCAAAUACCUGAUAGAAUUAGGGCUGUAAUAUACUACGUUGUGUCCUCAAAAAACCCAAAUACCACUAUACCUAAUGGUUGCAAAUGCUGAAACAAAUGAUAUUGAAGUUUGUUUUCAGCUAAAGAAUCUACAGCAGAAUUUGGAACUGGUACAUUUCCAUGCAAGUUUAGAGAUGUCACUAUUUUUUGGAAGAAAAAACAACAUGGCUACUUCUACUUUAUACAGCAGGUAUUUUAUAACUCUUUUUUUUUUUUUUUUUACUCUGACAUUCCGGUAUAGCCAUUUAUUUAGCUCCAAACCAUAUCCAUUUCAGUACUCUCAACUCAGUUAAAAUGUUUUGGGUUUUUUUGCAAAUGGAACAUUUUUCUGCAAAGAUGAUGUAAGUUUGGUUCAAUAAUGUCAAUACACUGUACACAAGUAAUUUUGCCAAGAUGUAUUCUAUUUUUAUGAAAGUGUAUAUAUGUUUUUUUCCCUAUGUGUAUUUUCUAUGCAGUAUCUCAAGAGUGUUUUACAGUUAAGUUUGCAUAAAAGGACAAUGUCAAUACAUUGAAAAUAAUCAAAAUAAAGGUUCCCAUUGCCUUUGA